AUAGUGUCCCCCCGCGCUGGAAUAGACAACCAAACAAAACUGUGCUUUUUCAUAUAAUUGGAAAAGCUUCUCUAGAAAGCUAACUGCACUGAUACAUAUUUUAAAGGAUAUGCUUAAAUCUACAAGAGGACCGAAACAGGAGUAUUGUUAGAAGUCACGCUAUAUUUCAAGAAGGGAAUUCAAGACCCGAGGACCUAUGGAAAGGAAUGCGUUGCACGGUAUAAUGAAAUAAUGAAUAGUAAAGCAUUUUAGUCCCCAUGAAGUUGGCUUAAAGUUCUGGAAAUCGGUCGACAAUCAGGGGAGAAUUCAAGUCGCCAGCGAUUCUCAAGGAAAAAGCGAGGCAUGGCAGUGCCAUGAUGUGGGUGGCAGAGGGUUAAGGAGUACUGGAUGCAGUGCCAUGGAAGAGACUCAGUCUGCCGCUUUGGCGAUGAAAAGUAAAGAACCCGUUGAACUGCACGCGGUGGGGGACAUGGUCGGCGCCCGACUGGAAAAUGGCGACGUUUCGCCCUCCAGCGGUCGGGCCUCCCCUCGGGAAGCGGAGGAAGAAAAGGUUGGUCGCGGGGAGAGCCUGAGGGCUCUGGACCUGCUCGCGGAACCUGACCCCACGGAGGAGAAACCUCUGGAGGCCUCUCCCGACGGCCUGAGCUGGGACAUGAGCUCUCAGGACUGGGACACGGCCGAGGAGGAGCAGCAGGAGAAGGGCAGCACGAGCCGUAGCACGACAGAGACAGACAGCCCCGCUCCGUCCAGCAGCUGCACAGACCUGUCCCAGACGUCGUCCCCAUCGCUGUCUGACCAGUUGCUCCUGGGCCGAGAUGACGGUUUAGGGAUAAACGUAGAGUGCAGAAUCUGUGGUGAUAAAGCCUCAGGGUUUCACUACGGCGUUCAUGCCUGUGAAGGCUGCAAGGGUUUCUUUCGGAGGACGAUCAGGAUGAAGCUGGAGUAUGAGCGAUGUGAGAGGAACUGUAAGAUUCAGAAGAAGAGCCGAAACAAGUGUCAGUACUGUCGCUUCCAGAAGUGUCUGAUACUCGGCAUGUCCCACGAUGCGAUCCGAUACGGUCGCAUGCCCGAGGCGGAGAAAAGGAAGCUGGUGGCAGGGCUUCUGGCCGGAGAGACGGGCGUCCAGAACCCCGCAGGCGCGGACCUGAAAUGCCUAGCCAAACGAGUCAACAACGCCUACCUUAAGAACCUUAACAUGACCAAGAAGAAAGCUCGCAGCAUCCUCACCGGCAAGACCAGCUGCAGCCCGCCUUUUGUGAUUCAUGACAUGGAUUCACUCUGGCAGGCCGAGAAUGGCCUGGUGUGGAACCAGUUGAUCAACGGGGCUCCGCCCAACAAGGAGAUUGGCGUGCAUGUUUUUUACCGAUGCCAAUGCACUACGGUGGAGACCGUCAGGGAACUCACUGAGUUUGCCAAGAGUAUCCCAGGCUUUGUUGACCUUUUCCUCAACGAUCAGGUAACGCUACUAAAAUACGGGGUUCACGAGGCCAUCUUUGCCAUGCUGCCUUCACUCAUGAACAAGGACGGCCUGUUGGUUGCAAACGGGCGGGGCUUCGUUACCCGGGAAUUCCUACGGAGCCUGCGUCGACCUUUCAACGAGAUCAUGGAACCAAAAUUUGAAUUUGCCAUCAAGUUCAACGCUCUGGAGCUGGACGACAGCGACCUCGCCCUCUUCGUAGCGGCCAUCAUCCUCUGUGGAGACCGGCCGGGCCUGAUGAACAUCAAACAGGUGGAGGAGAUUCAGGACAACAUACUCCAGGCCCUGAACCAGCAUUUACAGGCUAACCACCCUGAGUCCAACUACAUCUUCCCCAAACUGCUGCAGAAAAUGGCAGACCUCCGACAACUCGUCACCGAAAACGCUCAACUGGUCCAGAAAAUCAAGAAGACGGAGUCUGAGACUUCACUUCAUCCACUUCUACAGGAGAUUUACAAAGACAUGUACUGAAAACAGAGAGACCGAGUGAAAUCGAAUCACGAAUCCAUUACAGCCCUAAUAAACCUUACCACCCGUUUCUAUUAUCAAAAUGAUGGGGGAAAAAAAACCCUGUACGAAUGUCAUUGGAGAAAAGUUCUGUCAUCAAGCAAGAUUCCCGUUUUACCUCUUUCUUUAUUUUUGACAGAUGUUGCUAUUUUUAUAUGGCUGAUUUUUUUUUUUUUUUAAUUCUCUCAGAUUUGGAUUAUUAGAGUUUAAAGAAGAGUCUGUACAGGGCUGUGAAUACUUUGUUGCAGGUAUUUCUUACAAGAUCAUUAAUCUCUGUGCAAAAAUUCUUCUUAAAAAGGCUGUCUUUUUUUGUUGUUGUUGUUGUUUUUUUUGACUGGAAUAAUAGACACAUGACAUUGUUUCAAAGUUUUGACAUACUGGGCCCAGAUGCACAUUUCCAUGCAGUAUAAUAAUGAACCACACUGAUGCUCCUCCCUCUGUAGGACGUUAGGAAGCCUGAUUCAACCGGGUCACGGCACCUUAUUUCACCUGUUGUUUACAGACGCAUUUCCAGAUACAACAAACAAGAUAGGACAACACAUCUCUACUUUACUGUUACAGCACUUAGAAUUAAAGAUCAAGUCUCUCAACUCAGCUGACCUAUAACGUCAUCUAACCACAGUAGAAAAAACGUUUGGUUUUCAUUAUCAGUUAAAGGCUGGCCUGUUUUAUUCCCUCUGAAAUAUCAGGGGUUUACAAGUGUGGCAAGACCUCAAUGACAGUAUGGCAAUACAUCACUGAUAACAGAAAAGUUUGUACAACUGCCUAACCUCAGAUGUUUUUUUCAUGUUUUUCGUUUUUCGUUUUUUUUUUUUUUUUUUGGAUGUACAGCUGAAGGGUCUAUGUAUGGAAUUUGAAAUUCUGACACUGUGAAAAACAGCGUGAUCAUAGCUUUCUUUGUGGGAUUACCUGAUAACCAAACCGUUUACUUUAGGUAAAGUAAGGCUUUUUUUUUUUAAACAAAUUUAACGGUUAACAGUAUUCUUAGUUUAUUUGUAACGAGGCAACUUCCUCAAGCACUUGAACCCUCUGGCAACUUGCCAAACUUUUCCAAAUCCUCUUACAAGCCAAUAGUUACACGUCACUCAAACAUUUCCUCUUCUCCCCAAAUUUCAACAUCUCCUUCCUCCUGUCAGUAUUCUGCAAUGUUGACCAAUACGUUUCUUCCGUGAGCGUCACUCUUGUUGCAGUAAGCCCAGUCAUCAGAUUCGAUGACGGGUGCCUAGCCCAGCCGCAGCCCUGUCCUUUAUAUGUACGUAUUCGUUAAUGCCUAACUCUUCUUACCAGAGUUAUGUAUCUUGUUGGAGUUCUUUGGUGUUGAUCUGUUAUUUGCCAUCACCUGAGAUGAGAUGAUCACAUUGCAACAGAAAAAAAAAAAAGCAAUGGUAGCCUCCUCUUGA